UCUUGUUACAGUUAUUUCAGUCCAUUACUACUUUCUGUGAUAAAAGCCCUACGAAAGAGAUAGCAAUACACAAUGUAUUGAAUGGAUGAGACAGCUACACCGUACUUGAAAUGAGAGAAUAAAGAAUGAAUUUCUGAAAUUCGUAACAAGUUGACCGUUCGAUUAACUUGUUUUGUGAUAAUUAUUUUAAUUUGAUGACUUCUUAUUUAUUAGUAAGUAAAGAAUUAUGGCAGACUUCGAUUGGAACAAUUAUUUGGAAGUGAAUAAAACUGUCGCUGUUCCUGAAGAAUUAUUUUCUCAUGUGGAAACCAGUCUCUACAAUGGCAUCAAACAGGGUAUGUUGCUGGAAGUGUGUCAUAAGAACAAUCCAGACAUCUACUGGAUAGCAGAGAUCACCAUGGUCUGUGGGCAUCUCCUGCGGAUCAAAUUCAUUGGCGCAGACAAUGACUUCUGGUGCGACAUAUCUACAACAAAGGUGCAUCCACUCGGCUGGUGUGGGAAGUACGAUGAGCUUAUAGAACCACCCGAUGAGAUAAAUGAGAAGUACGGAGAUACAAUUAUAGAGAUUAUGAAGAAGGCCUUAUUAGACGGUCAGUCGGUGUCCAUUGAAGCUUUAAAUAAUAAGGGCUUGUCCCCUAUAGAUAGAAUCAAAGUUGGAAUGAAAGUGGAGGUGCAGAAUGUGAUUGAUCCUUACAGAUAUUGGAUUGCUACGGUGUGUGAGAACGUUGGCGGCCGUCUUCUAGUCCGAUACGACGGCGCUGAUGAGGACCUUACGCAGUUCUGGAUAUUCUUCUCCAACCCUCGACUCAGCAGCUUUGGCUAUGUUACCAAUAAGGGUUCUCCGUGGCAGUUCAAAUAUCCCGGUAAGGUGAACAAAUUCUCGUGCAAGAACAAAUUGAGUACACAACUGCGACAGAGCGCUGAAGAGGCCAUUUCAGAGCCUACCCCCGCUGACUUGUUUCAGCUGAACCAAAACCUAGAAUCUCACAACUUCGUCAGCGGCAUGAAGGUGGAAGCUCUGAGUCCUCAAGACAUGCGCACUGUCCGCCCCGCGACCGUCACCAAAGUGUUCAACAAUUUACACUUCCUCGUAGUCGUAGACGAUCACGUGGACGACUAUGAGGACUCCAAGAUGGCCUGGCUCUGCGACUCCAUGCACCCAUACAUAUACCCCAUAGGGUGGGCGCAGAAAAAUGGCCUCACCUUCAAAAAUCCCAAAAUCUGGAAAGAGGGACUCUUCGACUGGGACGAGUACCUAACAAUGACGUCCUCAGUACCAGCGCCUGAUUACUGCUUCGGGAACAAAACGCCGCUACAAGGCAUAGAAAUCAAUAUGAAAUUAGAAGCCGUAAAUCCGCAAAAUCAUGAAGAAAUACACGUGGCGAACGUAGAUAGUAUUGUAGAACACAUGCUGUGUGUGGAACUGUUACCAAUAGGAGAGAAGUAUUGGUAUGCUCAAGACAGUGAUUUGUUAUUCCCUGUCGGUUGGUGCGACAGCAACGAUUACGCUUUACACAUUCCUGAUACGACUGUAGAGAAGGAACAACCUAAGCCGGUUGAGGAGAAGCCGGUGAAGGAAGACGUGAAGUGUUCAGAUGAAUGGUGCGAUAGGAUUUUCUUUAACUACAAGUGUUACGCGGGACCAUCGAUAAGUAGGAACAAAUUGUCUCAGCUGCCUAAGCACGUGGGGCCGGGGCCGCUGUCUCUGGUGCUGAAGGAGGUGCUCAAUAAGAUAAUCUCGGCGUCAUACAAGCCGGCCAAGCUGUUGAAGGAUUGGGAGACUGAAGGGCCGCCCGAGGAAGGGAUGAGGCUCGAAAUGUUGAGAGCAAAGCUAAAGUCCAGUACAUACCACGCAUAUGUGCCGGUGGCGGUGUCAGCCACCCAGGUGUCGUCGUUCUGCCGCGGCGUCUGCGUCAAGCUGCAGGCCUGCCCGUGUCUCUUCGGCCCCGACGAGCACAGCGACCACUGCCCUAAUGACUGCCAGCGGGUUGACAAGUCCACCUUCCAUCACAACACCGAACGCCGAGGCAGACCAAAAGGCAGCGUCAACGGCAGGAGGAAAAAGAAAAAGGCCGCUCCAGAGAAGAAGGAAAAGGAGCAGCAGCCGUCGCAAGAGACGGAGAGCAACAAGGACGUGGAGUCCGUGGAGAGCGAGCACAGCGCCGGCUCCGCGCCGCCCUCCUCGCCCGGCACGCGGCCCGGCUCGCGGCCCGGCUCGCGGCCCGGCUCGCCGCCCGGCACGCGGCCCGGCUCGCGGCCCGGCACGCGGCCCGGCUCGCCGCCCGGCUCGCCCGACGCGCCGCGCCGGCGCCGCCACAACCACUACCCCAAGCUGGAGAUGAAGACGCGCGGCGCCAAGCUGCCCAACUUCGCCAUACAGAUGAAGGAGGCGCACUGGAACAAGAAGGACGUGCAGACCAUAUACAGCAACACGUGCGUCAAGAAGAACGCGCAGGACAGCGACACCGAGAACGAAACCAACGAGAGCAGCUCCAAUUCCAGAGACGCCAAAAACAUAUCCGACGUGUCGGACUCCGAGGAACCAGAACUGAAAAAGUUGAAAUUCAACACUUACGAUCCUCUGCCGACCGAUAACAAGAUGUUUGAAAAGGAUAUGGCUAUGACCUGGAUGAAAGGAAAACUAAAGCUCUCGCCAAACCCGCUAGAUUGGUCCGUCGACGACGUUUACGCCUACCUGAGCAGCACUGACGACUGCAAACUGAUUGCAGACAAGAUGAAGCAGGAGGAGAUAGACGGCCAAGCCUUCGUCAUGCUAGAUCUGCCCGUCAUCAGGGAAUUCUUGCACAUGAAGAAGGAAUUUGCGCUGCAACUUAGUAAACAUAUAGCUAUGAUGCGGUGGUAUAUAAUCAAUUUUGAAGAUUGUGGAGAGUCGUGAUUUUGUUCCUUGUUCUAUUUUUGUCUAGUCCACAAUAAAGUAUUUGUUGAAUAAUUAA